ACAUGCUGUAUCAGAUCUGUCAUAUAUUGUAAAUAAAAAAUAAUAAUAGUCAAAUACUAGCCAAUCAUCUUAAAAAAUUAACAAAGUACAUUUACAGUUAUCUUAGGGAUAAAAAUGUACAAGUUUGAAGAAGACAAGAUACCCAACAGUACCAACAAGAUGCAGAAGCAAGUGGAGGUCAGGAUAGAUGAGGGCCACUUGGAGCCCACUGUGGACUCAACUGAGAGUGCAUGUAGCAGUGUAUGUGAUAAAAUCAUGAAGAACAUGGUUCUAACUCUAACAAUUCUCGGUGUGUUUCUGGGUUCCAUCGCUGGAAUGCUGCUGCGGCACAUAUCGCCUCUCCCUCCUGAUGUUAUUAUGUACAUCAGCUUCCCGGGGGAGAUCCUAAUGAGGAUGUUGAAGAUGCUUAUUUUGCCUCUUGUUGUUUCAAGUCUGGUCACAGGACUGGCUGGCUUGGAUGCCAAAUCUAGCGGGCGUUUAGGCACCAGAGCAAUGGUAUACUACAUGACAACAACAGUGAUUGCAGCAGUCUUGGGGGUGAUCUUGGUGUUGGUCAUCCAUCCCGGGAACCCCAAGCUAAAAGCUAAUCUUGGACAGGGGAGGAAGAAUGAUGAUGUUUCCAGUGUGGAUGCUUUAUUUGAUCUCAUACGAAACCUCUUCCCAGAAAACUUGGUGCAAGCCUGCUUCCAACAGAUACAAACAGUGACCACAAAAGUACAGGUGCCAACGAACAGAACCAAAGCACCCCCGCAGUUCACCGUCAAGAGGUCGCUUCAGUUCAAGGGUGGAAUGAAUGUCCUUGGUUUGAUUGGAUUCUUUGUUGCGUUCGGAGUCAUCAUGGGGAAAAUGGGGGAGAAGGCCAAGCUUAUGCUGGAGUUCUUUAACGUCUUGAAUGAGAUCAUCAUGAAGAUUGUUGGUGCCAUUAUGUGGUACUCGCCAUUUGGAAUUGCUUGCCUAAUAUGUGGGAAAAUCAUCUCUAUUGCCGACUUAGAGGUGGUUGCCCGUCAGCUGGGAAUGUACAUGAUCACUGUGAUAGUGGGCCUCAUCAUCCAUGGAGGCAUCUUCCUUCCUCUAAUAUAUUUUGUGAUAGUCAAGCAAAGUCCUUUCAAGUUCUUCAUGGGAAUAUUCCAGGCUUGGGUCACGGCACUUGGAACAGCAUCCAGUGCUGGAACCUUGCCUGUCACAUUCCGAUGCUUAGAGGAGAACCUGAAAAUUGAUAAGAGAGUAACCCGUUUCGUCCUCCCUGUUGGGGCCACCAUCAACAUGGACGGCACGGCGCUCUAUGAGGCCGUAGCUGCUAUCUUCAUCGCUCAGAUGAAUGGAAUUGAUCUCGAUUGGGGCCAAAUUGUCACUGUCAGUAUGACAGCAACUAUGGCUAGUGUUGGAGCAGCCAGUAUCCCCAGUGCUGGACUCGUGACCAUGCUGCUAAUCCUAACAGCAGUCGGGCUGCCCACCCAGGACAUCAGCCUCCUUGUGGCCGUUGACUGGCUCCUGGAUCGAUUCCGUACCUCAGUCAAUGUGGUUGGCGACUCCUACGGAGCCGGUAUUGUGUACUAUCUCUCCAAAGAUGAGCUUGAGUCCUUUGAUGCCCAACAAACCCGGAUGGAUGAUUUUGAGAUGACUAAAACAAAGUCCUUCUUUGAAAAUAACACCAACCAGAAUGUUUACGCUCACCACAAUUCAAUCCUGAUAGACGACUGCAAGGACACCUUGAGCAAAAAUGGCAAGACGGCAGGAUUCUGUUUUGUUGAAGAGGAACUACGGAAAUUCGAGUAAAACAAACCCAGGAGCUGCUGCGCCUUACCCUGAGUUCCACAAGCUUUUACCUUCUCAUGACAAAAACUGGUUUUAUAAUCAUCCACUAGCCUUCUAACACGAUUAGCAAAUACAAUGGACCAUUAGAACACUGGAGAGAUGGUUGCUGGAAAUGGGCCUUCAUAC